AUGGCAGCAAAUUAUAUUUCUACAUCCAUGUUUUCCUAUACUCCUAACCAAGUUCCCAUAUUUGAAGGAGAGCAUUUUGAUUAUUGGAGUAGUCAAAUGGAGACACUCUUCAUUUCGCAAGAUUUGUGGGAAGUUGUUGAAGAUGGAUUUCCGGAACCUGAUGAUAAUGAAGAAGAAGAAGAAGAAUGGACGGAGGCUCAACAAAAAGAUUACAAGAAAAAUUUACGGAGAGAUGCAAGUGCUCUUAGAUUUAUACAACAAGGAUUAAGCAAGACCAUAUAUCCUCGAAUUCACGGUGUCAAAAGAGCCAACGGCAAGAAGGCAGAGGAGUAUCUUCCCAAGGAAGAGGAGGUUCUUUCCAAGGAAGAGGAGAAUCAUCACGAGGACAAGGAGGAUCAUUUCGAGGAAGAGGAAAAGGAAGAACACAAGGCAACCAAUCAAAAAACUAUGACGGAAAUCCAAAUCGUCAAGCUGGAAAUGCAAAUAUUUUUUGCAAAAUUUGCAGAAAAUCAAAUCAUGAAACAAAUGAUUGCUUCUACAAAUGCAAGAGAUGCAGAAAUCCUAACCACUCUCAAAGAGAUUGUUAUUAUCAGAACAAAGCAAGCUCCAAGAACUUGGAAUAGCAAGAUUGAUGGCUAUUUUCUCAAGAAUGGAUUUCAUCGAAGUCCUAAUGAGCCCUCUCUCUAUGUGAAGAAGCAAGAUCAUGAUUUCUUGAUUGUGUGCAUCUACGUAGAUGACCUUAUCUACACUGGCACCAAUAUAAGGUUAGUCGAGGAUUUCAAGCGAAAAAUGAUGAAUGAAUUUGAGAUGACUGAUUUAGGAGUCAUGAAGUAUUUUCUUGCAAUACAAGUGAAGCAAUCCAAAGGAGAAAUCUUUAUUUCUCAAGAGAAAUACACAGAAGAUCUUCUGAAGAAAUUUCAUAUGGAGAAUUGCAAAUCAGUUUCAACUCCUAUGGCAGCGAACGAUAAGUUGAGAAAAGAUGACGGAGCAAAAAAAAUAGAUGCAAAACUAUUUAGGAGUCUUGUUGGUUCACUGAUUUAUCUCACAAACACAAGGCCGAUAUUGUUCAAGUCGUGA